AUGCAGUUUGUGGCCACAGAACAUCAACAUCGACGUCUGAAUCCAUUGACGGGACAGUGGGUGCUUGUGAGUCCGCAUCGCAUGCAACGUCCCUGGUCUGGUCAACAGGAGAAGGCGCAACUUAACGAACAGCCGGUAUUCGAUCCAACGAAUCCCCUUUGUCCGGGUGUUAAGCGACCAAAUGGAAAUGUAACGGAACGCUAUGAGAGCACCUAUGUCUUUGAUAAUGAUUUCCCGGCACUACUGGAACAAGUGCCAGCACCGCCUUCCAGCGAUGAUCCACUUUUCCAGGCAGCCGCCGCACGUGGCAAUUGUCGUGUUAUGUGCUUCCAUCCCAAAUCCAAUUUGACCUUGCCAACCAUGAGUACAACAGAGAUUGGCGCUGUUAUCGAUGAAUGGAUCAAGCAAUUCAAUGAGCUGAGCGUCAAGUAUGCCUGGGUGCAGAUAUUUGAGAACAAAGGAGCUAGCAUGGGCUGCUCGAAUCCGCAUCCACAUUGCCAGAUCUGGUCAUGUUCCUUUCUGCCCACAGAGCCACAACUGAAACAGGAGCGUCUGCGGGCUUAUUACGCCACCCACGAGCGUCCAUUGUUAAGUGAUUAUGUAGAUCGUGAAUUGCAGCGCAAGGAACGCAUUGUUAUUGAUAAUCCUGACUGGUUGGUUGUGGUCCCCUUCUGGGCAAUUUGGCCAUUUGAAACGAUGCUCAUAUCGCGCAACAAUAACAAACGCAUCAAUGACUUGACCCAGUUACAGCGUCAGAACUUGGCCAAAACCAUCAAGGAGCUGACAAUCAAAUACGACAAUCUCUUUCAAUGCUCAUGCCCCUAUUCAAUGGGUUGGCAUGGUGCGCCAACAGGACCAGAGCAUGCGCAUGCCUCAAGCGCCCAUUGGACACUGCACGCCGUAUAUUAUCCGCCACUUUUGCGCUCGGCCACAGUGCGCAAAUUCAUGGUCGGCUUUGAGCUGCUGGCAAUGGCACAGCGGGAUUUGACGCCAGAGCAGGCGGCGCAGAGACUGCGAGAAGUCAGCGGAACGCAUCACUAUCUGGACAAGUGAAUCCACAACAAGAAUUUAUAAUAUAGAGAAAAUCCGUACAAAUGGAACUACAUAUAAAAAUUGUUACAACAAAUGAUGAAAACUCUUAUCAACAUGCAAAUCAGAUUAACGGGCAAGAUUGGUUUGUCAAUAUAUAAAGUAAGCUGAUGUGUGUAAAUGCGCUUUUAAAUAUACAUAUGAUACUAACGAGAAAAAAA